UUGCUUCGAUUGAUGCCACUAGGGGGCUCAAUCACACACGGCGUCGGCUCUUCUGAUCAAAACGGAUAUCGGAAGAAGCGUCUCGAGUUGCUACAUGGCUACGGCUUCAGUUUUUGCAUGGUUGGGUCUCGUAAAUCAGGCACCCAUCACAACAACGAACAUGAAGGCUGGCGGGGGUAUAGGAUCGACCAAAUCGAGGCCAGGGCGAGGGUAGCGGCAGCGAAGUACCUGCCGCAUGUCUUCACCGUGAACGCCGGCUCCAACGAUUGUUUACAAGAAUACAAAUUGGUAGAAGCACGGGACCGCCUUGGUCACCUCUUGGAGACCCUCUGGAUUGCCUCGCCUAGUUCAACUAUUAUUCUCUCAAGCCUACUGGUCAACCGGAACGAGGCCGUGCAGCAGCGGGUUGAGGAUUUCAAUAGAGAGGUGGAAAGACUAGCCCGCACUUUGAUUCUAGGAGGAAGGAAAUUAAUCUUCGUGGACUUGCAAGGAAACGACGGGCCUGCCAUGGAAGAUUUAGCGGCGGAUGGGACGCACCCCAAUGAUACAGGUUAUGAAAAAAUGUCUCGGAUAUGGCUACGGGGCAUUCGAAUGGCUUCAAGAAGAGGCUUCUUGCCCCCACCGCAACAAUAA